UGCUGUUUUCGAACUGUGCUUGUUUGUAGAGAAUGCAGAUCCUUGCUGAUUACAGCUUUCGCUGUAAGCUGUUUUCAUGAUCUGGAAUCAUCAGCUGCCUGCUGCUCACCAAGAGCUGAAAGCUCAGAACCGUGCCCCUGCAUAACGCCUUGAUGCGGUUGCUGAUGGAGAGAAACUGGACUCGGUAGUUUGCUUGGCAGCACAUUUAGAAGAAAUACUUUCCUGUGAUCUGGAUUGUUUUUACCAUGGAAUCCUCGUCCAUGCAGCAGGAUGUUCUGUUGGACAACAGGAGCAGCAGUGGGGCUCCUGGCACCUCUCAAGAACAUGGGGAUUAUAACGCCAAGUCAGCUUUGUGUGUUACAGGAGAUGAAGUUAACACCACCAGUGUUAACCUCAGCGAAGUGCCAAAUGAAGAGGGAAGUCUGGAGCUGAACAGCAAAGCAGAAGCCUGCCAGAAUGGGCCAGAGUUGCUCUUCCCUGACUCUCCCAUAUCUUUUGAUUCCACCAGCAGUCCUCAGGGUCAAGAGUCAUCCCCAGGUGUGCCUGGUUUCCAUGACAGCCUAAGGAAGUCUCAGGGAACUAGUGCUGAGGGCGUAGCUCUUAGAAAAGAAGCUUUGCAGUCUCUCAAACUAAGCCUUCCCAUGCAAGAAACAGAAUUGUGCUCAGUAGAAUCUUCCCUCCCACUGGAGAAUGAGGAACAAAUACGACUUCAAGCAAGAAGACGGCUGGAAGAGCAGCUCAGACAGUACAGGGUGAAGAGACAUCAGGAAAGAUCUAACCAGUCUACAUCCAAGAGCCGGCCCUCCAGCACUCUAGAUCCUGAGCUGAUGUUAAAUCCAGAAAUCUUACCAAGGGCUAGCACUGUAGCAAUGACGAAAGAAUACUCCUUUUUGCGGACCAGUGUCCCCAGGGGGCCGAAACUGGGAAGCCUGGGACUUCCAGCAUCUUCAAAAGAGAGAAAGAGUUCAAAGUCUUCGAAGUCCAGUAAGAUCCGGUCCUUGGCUGACUACAGAACUGAAGAUUCAGGCUCUGGAAGUUCUGCAGGGAAUCUUGCGGCUACCGAUUUACCUGGUGGGACUUUGAAGCAAAGCAGAAGCGGUCCAGCAUCAGUUGUUUCUGAGAUUAGUCUGCCUUUUGACACAGAUGAUCGAAUAGAGGAUUCCUCCUUGGCAGGAGAUAGCAUUUCAGAGAUUGAUGGAAGUGAAGUGGGAAUGAGGCUGGAUGGAAAUGAAAGCGACAGCUCUACCUACAGCAGCGUAUCAGGAAAAGGGCUGUAUAACAAUUUACCAAAUUCAGAAGGCAAACAGAGAAUUCCAUACACAAUAAAUGGUCAGAAGAUACAUCCUGAUGCGAUAGGGCAAUUUCCUUCCAUCGGUGAAGUGCUACAGGCUGCAGCAGUGGAGCACCAAGCCCAAGAGCAAGAAUUUAAUGGGGAAAUAAGGAGCCGGAGAGACAGUAUUUCUAGCAGUGUAUCUAUGGAAAGCUCUGUCGCAGGAACUCAUGACGAAAUGUUGCAGGUGCUAAAGGAGAAGAUGAGACUUGAAGGACAACUAGAGGCACUUUCUGUAGAAGCUAAUCAGGCUCUGAAAGAGAAGGCUGAGCUACAGGCCCAACUUGCAGCUUUGAACAUGAAGCUUCAGGCGCAGGUGGAGCACAGCCAAAGCAGCCAACAGAAGCAGGAAUCGCUGAGCUCCGAAGUGGCCACAUUAAAGCAGUCUUGCUGGGACCUGGAACGAGCAAUGGCUGACCUGCAAAACACCCUGGAAGCAAAGAACGCUAGUUUGGCUUCUUCAAAUAAUGAUUUGCAGCUAGCAGAGGAGCAGUACCAAAGACUCAUGCUGAAAGUUGAAGAUAUGCAAAAAAGUGUUCUCACCAGAGACAGCACAGUUCAUGAUCUGCGACAGCAGUUAGCUUCCUUACAGAACCAACUUCAGAAAGUGCAGCUGGAACGAACCACGCUGACCAAUAAGCUGAAAGCAUCUGAAACAGAAAUCACUUCUCUCCAAAAUGUGCGCCAGUGGUACCAGCAGCAGCUGGUGCUCGCACAGGAGGCUCGAGUCAGGCUGCAGAGCGAGAUGGCUAAUAUACAGGCUGGGCAAAUGACCCAAGCAGGUGUGUUGGAACAUCUCAAACUGGAGAAUGUGGCAUUGUCUCAGCAGUUGACUGAAACCCAGCACAGAUCUAUUAAAGAAAAGGAACGAAUUGCAGCACAGCUGCAGAAUAUUGAGGCUGACAUGUUGGACCAAGAAGCUGCCUUCAUGCAGAUCCAAGAGGCUAAAACCAUGGUGGAAGAAGACUUGCAGAGAAAACUAGAGGAGUUUGAGGAUGAGAAAGAACAGCUUCAGAAAAUGGCUGACUCUGCAGCAACACUGGAGCAAGAGCUGGAUCAGGUCAAACUGACUUUGCAUCAGAGAGAUUUGCAGCUUGAAUCUUUACAGCAAGAGCACCUAGAUUUGAUGAAACAAUUCACCGUGACCCAAGAGAUGUUGCAUACCAAAGAGCAGACCCUGGAUGACCUGCAAACUCAGUAUGAUGAACUGAAGGCCAGAUUAGAAGAGUUCCAAAGUGAUGCUACUUCUAAAGACGACAUGAUACAGUACUUGCAAAAUGAGAAGAUUGUCUUGGAAGUAGCUCUGCAGACAGCAAAAGCAAGCCAAGAGCAACUUGAUGAAGGAACAAAACGCCUUGGAGAAGAUACAGAAGUAACAUCAGAAAUCUUGGAACAAUUGAGGCAAGAGAUGGCAAUCAAGUCAAGCCAGGUAGAAAAUCUUCAACAGGAAAAUGGCAGCCUUAAAAAACAGGUUCAAAAAGUGAAGGAACAGUUCUUACAGCAGAAGGUAAUGGUGGAAGCUUAUAGAAGAGAUGCCAGUUCUAAGGACCAGCUGAUUAGUGAGCUGAAAGCUACAAAGAAGCGACUGGACUCGGAAAUGAAAGAGUUAAAACGAGAACUACUACAAAUUCAAGUAGAAAAACAGUCACUUGAAUCUGAACACUCGAAACUACAGAAGGAAGUGACUGAGGUUCGCCAGCAGAUGGUGGAAAUAGAAAAUCAUCUUCAGUCCGUGCAGAAAGAACGAGAUGAAAUGGAAACACGCCUACAGUCUCUGCAGUUUGAUAAGGAGCAAAUGGCAUCUCUUGCUGAGGCAAAUCAGACAUUAAAACUGCAAGUAGAACAAAUGCAAGAAGAAGCAAAGAAGGCCAUUACUGAGCAGAAACAGAAAAUGAAGCGUCUAGGGUCAGAUCUGACAAGUGCUCAGAAGGAGAUGAAAGCAAAGCAUAAAGCCUAUGAGAAUGCAGUCAGCAUUCUGAGUCGGCGACUGCAGGAAUCCCUCACUGCAAAGGAGUCUGCUGAAGCAGAGCUGAGCAAGCUAAAAGCACAGAUCACUGAUGGUGGAAGCAACCAGAUUGCUCAAGAAAGGAUUCAAGCCCUGGAGACAGAAUUGCAAGCUGUUAGAAGCAGUAAGUUGAUGCUGGAAAAAGAGCUGCAAGAAGUGAUUUCACUUACCAGCCAGGAGCUUGAGGAAUACAGAGAGAAAGUGCUGGAACUUGAGGAUGAGCUUCAGGAGUCUCGAGGGUUCAGGAGGAAGAUAAAACGUUUAGAAGAGAUUAACAAGAAGUUGGCCCUUGAACUGGAACACGAACGUGGAAAACUCACAGGCCUUAGUCAGUCUAAUGCUGCUUUGCGAGAGCACAACAAUGUUCUAGAAACAGCGUUAGCAAAAAGAGAAGCAGAUUUGGUCCAACUGAAUCUACAGGUUCAGGCAGUCCUAAAGCGGAAGGAGGAAGAGGACCAGCAAAUGCAACAACUUAUUCAAGCUUUACAGGCUUCCUUGGAGAAAGAAAAGUCAAAAGUUAAAGACCUUAAGGAGCAGGUUGCAGCAGCCAAAGCAGAUGCAGCACACAACCGCCGUCACUACAGAGCUGCUGCCCUGGAGCUCAAUGAGGUCAAGAAAGAGCUACAUGCCAAAGAACUGCUUGUCCAAGCCCUUCAGGCUGAAGUGGACAAACUGCAGGUGGAGGAUGAGAAGCAUUCCCAGGAAGUAUCACAGUUUCAGCAAGAGCUGGCAGAAGCUAGAUCUCAGCUCCAACUUCUGCAGAAAAGGCUGGAUGAAAAGCUUAGUGAGCAGCCUUUAGUAAGCCAAGAGGUGGAAGACCUCAAGUGGGAAGUAGUACAAAAAGAAAGAGAAAUUGAAACACUUAAGCAGCAGUUGGAUAUGAGUGAGCAGCGCAGCCAUAAGGAGCUGGAAGGGAUGCAAGUUGUCCUGCAGAAUAUCAAGACUGAGUUGGAAAUGGUGAGGGAAGAUCUGUCGGUGACUCAAAAGGAUAAGUUUAUGCUGCAGGCUAAAGUGAGUGAACUGAAGAACAGCAUGAAGUCACUGCUGCAGCAGAACCAGCAACUGAAGAUGGACCUGAAGCACGGCAAGAUGAAGAAGAGGAAAGGAGAGAACAAUUCUUCAAAUCCUGUGACUCCAGUCAAGAUUCCGGACUGCCCAGUGCCUGCUGCCUUGCUGGAAGAACUGUUAAAACCAUCGACAGCUGUGAGCAAGGAGCCUUUAAAAAAUCUGAACAGCUGUCUCCGGCAAUUGAAGCAAGAAAUGGACAGUCUUCAGCGUCAGAUGGAGGAACACACCAUUACAGUGCAUGAAUCAAUGUCUUCAUGGACUCAGAUUGAGGAGCAGCUAAUGGACUUCACCUCCACUAGUCCUGCAACUGCUUCAGAGCAGCAGGAGCGUCCUGCUUUGGUUGAAAAGAAACAGAAUUGCGAUGUUAGCGACAAGGAAGCUUUGACACUAUAACCUCCUCAGUAGUUGUCUUUCUUCCUAUUGCUUUAAUUGCAGGCCAGUAGGGAGCUUUGCUUCACUGCACAAACACUUCUUGCACCUUUUUAGUUCGACUUUUGAAGUAGACAUCCUUGAUUAAAGGUAUGCUUGUAAUAUAUAUUUAUAUAUAUAAAAGAUAAAAAUCAUAAUUUUCUGUUUUAAUAUGCUUCUAUACAGUAAGUCAAGGCUGACAUGAGGUUGUUUGGUUUUUUUUUGUUGUCUGUUACUCUCUUUGUUAUAUUAUUACAUUUUAAGCUUGCUGGGUUUUAACUUACUGUCAAAUGGCUUAGGGAAGUUAGCCCCCAAAGCCAGAGCUUCUAGAUAUAUAAUUAUUUUACUUUGAAAGACAGAAUUAUAAUGGCUAUAAAAUUAUUAUUUCUAUUAUGUUUUCAACACACUUCACCCCCUCCCCCUUGCAUCCUCUAUUAUAAGGUGUCCACUGUGAGGAAGUGGUGGCACUGUGAUGCCUUAGCUAGGUUAUUAAAGCAGUCCUCCUUUGGUCUCGUGGGCCUGCGUGGCUCAGAGUGCAAUGAUAAACCCCUCAUUCAAAAACUGUUGCAGAGGUACUGCUUCAUCCGGUGUCCUGAGGCACAGAUAAGAAUGUAUGGGAUGUUCUUUGGAAGAUUGAGUGGCAGCUUGUGCCAGCAUGGGUUUGUCUUUGAAACAGACAGAAAACAGGUCAAUUGUAUCCACUGUAGGCUGGUAUGAAAAAUGAAUCUAACAAGUGCAAGGAGACUAAUCAGCUAUUUAAAAAAAAAAAGCAUCUCUUCAAGUAACUUUUUCAUAAUUAGCUAUAGCAGUGUUUGGAGAAGUUUCCCUCUCAGUUGUCCAGCUUGUUUAUUUUUCUCAAGAGGAAGUAGCUUCUUCGAGGAGCUUCUUUUGGAUGGGUUUGGGUGUUUUGAGAGGAGACCAUUGAAGUUUGCUUCAGAUAAGUCAAAACUGGAUGAGGGGUGGGGUUGGGUAGGGGUAACGAUGUUUAUCCAGCUUUGGAGCUCAUAAUUACCUAUUGAAGCUCAAAUCUACUUGAGCACUCAGUACUUAGCAUUUAUACUGAAUGACAUUGUGCCCCUUGCUUAGCUCCUGGAUUUUAACAUGCAUUUUGUGGAGUCAGAGUCAAGUGAUGCUAAAAGCCAAGGUUUUCAAGUUAGCAAAGGGAGAAAUGCCUUAGUGUAACAUGAGGUGCCCAACAUACAGAGUUACUGACAAAUUUAAAGAAAAGCCAGAAGCUUUACUGACUAGCUUAAACAUGUUGAUGUCUGCAAACCUCUGCAGUCCACUUUGCAGAGUCAGUGGUACUGAUUAUCUCGCUGCUGUCAUGUUCUUGAAAUUGCCUGUAUAUUAAGCUCUAAGAAGAAAAAAAUAUGCAGUGUUGUUAAAUAACAAAAUCAAAUCUACAUAGUAAUAUAUUCAGUACAAAAAGUUAUCGAAUGUUGAGGAUUUUAAAUAAAAUAACACUUGUGCAGGGUUAACGUUGGUGUUCAUUUUGGUGAAUAUGUUGCCUACAGUUAAUCCAUUAUGUUUUAAUCUCUGAAGUUUGCCAACAGUUGUAUAGAUUAAGCUUUUAUCUGAUCUCAGAGAAGCCAGAAUUGUAAGAAACCUUCAUAGGUCUUGUCUGAAAAAUGUCUGUUCUUCUUUUUGUAUCAGUACUGCAUUCUGUCUUCGGUGCAGCGCUGUGUUUUUGCACUAGCUCCUUAUGAAGACAGCUGAGUUGGUACAGUCAGGUAGUCUUAGAUAUGUAUUUUUCUUUUUAAAGAUGAAGGAGCUGUUGAGAAAUUCUGAGAUUAGAUUUCUGCAUUGAUCGACCUGUCUCUCUCUAAAAGUUCCUGGGCACUAGUUAUUUUAUUUUCACCUUGUGGUUUUCUAUAGACACAAGCACCAUGCCAUUUGUUUCGUUGCAGAUCAGAGAGAAGGUCUUUGGGUCCAAAUCUGGUAUGGUCCUAAGUGCUGAAGUCAGAGGAGUCACUAGAAAGCCUUCUAGAAGGGACACUCAGCAUGUGACAAAAGAAAAGCCUUUUCUUUCAAGCUUAUCAGCUAUGUAUCUUAAUUAUCCAGAGAAAUAGUUGCUGCUUAAUUAAGAGGCCUCGCCCUGAGGCUGAACACGCUCUCUCUACAAGAGGCAGAGGUCUCUUGCUGUCUGGGCAGUAAACAGAGCAGUUACUGGAAUGAGAAGUGGGUCCCCUCUGCAUGUCUGAGAACUGUCAAAUGUAUCAGAAGAGCGUCAGUGCCUCAUUGACAUUGGUGUGCUUUUAGAAAUUGGAGAACAUUAUUUCAAAGGGUUUUUUUGCUUUCUCGAGUAUUAGAGGGGAAUGUAUUUUCCUUGUCUGUUUUUCAGCAGUUGCUACCCACUGAACAGGCUUGAUGAUGGGGCAGAAAUGUUGCUGUAAAGUAAGAAUGUUUCCCAGAUGUUGAAAGUUGUUAAAGGCUGUACUGUUGGUUUCCAAAUGCUGUUGGUUUUUGGAGGCUCUGGAAAAAACUACAUUAAAACAACAACUAAGAAAAACCUGCAACAAAAGAAGUGUUAGUUACUGUCUGUGACUUUGCUGAACACUGUAAUGCUCCAUCCUGUCGUCUUCCAGCUAUCUUGGAAAUACUCAUGCACUGUACAGGGGCCAGCUGAGCCCUGCAGCCACUGAUGCAGUAGAGGAUCCGAUCCCACGCUGUUCAUUCAGGCAAUAUCCUACUGCAAUCUAUGGCAUUGUCACAGCUUAAAGAGCAGAGUAUUACCCAGAAUGAAUGUUGGAGUGCUAGUAUUAUCAUGGAUUACCUUUACCUCCUUAGGGGAGUGAAAUGCAGCAGCACGAGUGUGGUUGUGACAACAUCAGAUGUGCACUGGGCACACACAGUGCUAUCAGUACCAAAUUACCUCGGGGCUGACAAGUUUGCUACUGGUGAUGCACAGCUCAUCACGUAUGUUCCAAUAACUCUGACAGGGAGGUGUGAGCACUUUGUGUGACCUGCUGUGAUCAGAGCCUUGAUUACUGACACCAGUCCAAAUCAGUGAUGCUCGUUAGCUGUCAGUCUGGUCACAGAGGUCUCCCACUGCUGCAUAACACUUCAGGCUGAGAGCAGAGCAGCCUGAUUUCCAGUACGGAUGCACAGAUCCCUGGAGGAGAUAAAGGUAUUCUCAAUGUUAUAAAAGCAGCAUUAUGUUUUACACACGAUGCUCGUUCAUGUAAUAUCUGCAUAGGCUGGGUGUGUAAAGAUGGGAGUCGGUCGUUUUGUGUUGUGAGGGGAUAACCCAGGGAUGGAGGAGUUACACAAUCAAUCACACAAAGCAUGUCGGUUAUAAAAUAAUGUGCAUAGGAAUUCCUCUAAAAGUUUUGUGCAAUAAACUAUUUUUGGUAAA